AGAGAGAGAGAGAGAGAUGGAAAGAGAGGAAUGGAACAGGCUCACAUACAAGAUCUUCUCCGAGCUGGAGAAGGAGUGGUUUGAGGACUCUUCUUCAAGAGGAAGAACUCGAGUUCUCAGCAUCGAUGGAGGAGGAUUGAAAGCUCUCAUUUCAGGCCAAGCUCUGGUCUAUCUAGAACAAGCAAUCCAAACUAAAACUUCUGACCCAAAAGCCCGAAUUGCCGAUUUCUUUGACGUCAUUGCCGGAACAGGCAUGGGCGGCAUCUUUGCUUCAAUGCUCCUUGCUGACGACGGCCGUGGCCGUCCUCUUUACACUGCCAAGGAAGCAGUGGAGCUUAUGAUCCAAAACAGCCACAGAAUGUUCAAGAAGAAGAUCUUCAGACGACGUUUCUCAGGCAAGAGCUUUGAUGAGGCAUUAAGAGAAAUCCUAUCGAGAGACGGGAGAGCAUUGACGUUGAAAGACAUGCUGAAGCCAUUGCUCAUCCCAUGCUAUGAUCUUGAAAGUGGCGCGCCAUUCUUGUUCUCGCGGGCAGAUGCAGUUGAAUCUGAUAGCUUCGACUUCCAGCUGUGGAGUGUGUGUCGGGCUACAACUGCAACGCCGGGCCUGUUUAAGCCCGUGUCACUGUCGUCCUUCGAUGGGAAGACAUUGUGCACUGCGGUCGAUGGAGGGUUGGUUAUGAAUAAUCCAACGGCGGCAGCAGUGACACAUGUAAUGAACAAUAGACGUGAGUUUCCGAUGGUGCGCAGGGUCGAGGACUUGCUUGUGCUGUCGCUGGGGAAUGCUACAUUUCGUGGGCAAUGCAGCUAUGGAGAAAUGCAGCAGUGGUCAGGCAGGGAUUGUUCCACAGAUGCUGUGCAAGUGGCCAUUGAUGGCAUCUCCGAUACCGUCGAUCAGAUGCUGAACAACGCCUUCUGCGGUGCUCGCCAGAAUUAUGUUAGGAUUCAGGCAACUGCAUUGCCAUCGGAUCUGGAACCCAAGAUCAACAGAUCCAUGACUGACAAUGUGAAGGUAAUGAUACAAGCAGGUGAGCAGAUGUUGAAAGAAAAAUGCAUGGAAAUAGAGCCAUUCCCAUUUGGAGGAAAGAAGCUAGCACCUCAGACUAAUUUGCUGCGUUUGGAUACCUUCAUCAACAAGAUUAUCGACACUGGAAAACAGCUCACAUAGCUCACCAGCCAUUUUGCAGGAUCUGACAGUGACUAGCAAGAUGUUUAAAGUUGUAUUUUUCACUGCUAAUGUAGUUCAUUACCCUCAUCUAGUUGCGCUAAUAGCUCUAAGAUAGCAUUAGGCAUUCGGAGAAUUUCACCUGAUCUAGAAUGUGGUCGUUUUACCAGUGUCAAGAUGGGCUGUUGUGCCAAUUACAAGUUGUAUGAUUUACACUUUCAACAGCAAAUAAGUAAUGAAAUUCAAGCUCUUGAGCUU